AUGGGUUUGGAAGCUGGUUCAUAUCCGAUAGAAACAAUCAAACAUCCUGGGGAAUUCGACACAAUGUUGAAAACAGUUUUAUAUCCUAAAGAUUUUGAUUCAGUCUCGGGUUGGAUACCCGAUGUUGGCGAUGGAAGUGUCUUAAAAGAACCGGUAAGAAAUGUUGCAAGUGAUGCUGAUUUAGAUAGAGUGAGAGUUGUUGCUCGAAACACAAUAGAAAGAGUAGCACGAGCAGCUAAUCAUGGAUUUGAAAAACGAGUACUUCAGUAUAAUAAUAUUGUUGAGAAUAAUAGAGACGAUAUAGAUUUAGAAAGAAUUGACGCGAACGCAAAAGAAUGUGGAUUUUUACCUUUCCUUCUACCUUUAAUAUUUGGUGGUAUUGCAGCGGCUACUGGAAUAACAAAAACCGUCCUCUCAAAUAAAGCAGAUGAUGCUAAAGCCGCUGAAGAACGCAGACAUAAUUUAGCACUGGAAAAGGAAGCACGAAGUUCAGGAGUGGGAGAAAUGAUAGGCACAAUAAAAGAAUUAGGAAAAACAUUUAGGGAAGAAACCAAGAAAACUGUUAAACAAGGAUUAAAUAAAUUAGUAGAUAGUAUUGACACGGGAGAAGUCAAAGUCAAACAUAAGGGUAAUGGAAUAUUUUUAAAAAAUAUACACACUGGAGAAGGAAUAUAUCUUUCAAAGUAUAAAGGAGAAGGAGUGAUUUUUGGAACAAAUUAA